ACUGCAGCUUCUCGUUGCCUAUUAUUAUUAAUAUUAUUAUUAUUAUUAUCAAAAAUUGUAUAAUUUAAAACUGUUGCAGUCCAGCAGAAAAGCACAGGCCAAUGCUUUUUUCCCCUCGCGUUUUCAUGUACUGCGAGCAAGCAUAGCUAUUUUGGUCGAACGAGGGCGCUCACUCAGAGGAGAUGUGCUGACAGGCGCUCGAGUAGGCUGUAUUUCCCUCAUCCAGCACACCCGAUGACAUUACAUUCAUUACCUCUAAGAUCCAGUGAACUAAAUCAGCUGUCAUACGUUUACUAUCGAAUAAACCGGACCGACGAGCACUGAAGCCAUAUAAUACUUAUUGGUGCGACUAGACUUCUGCAGCGUCAAGGAAAUUCAUCCAGUGUGCUCGAAACAGAAUAAUAACCAUGUCACUGUAUCCAUCUCUAGAAGACAUGAAGGUGGAUAAGUUCAUGAAGGCACAGAACACCCCUACUGCGAGCCCAUUAAAGGCUUUACCUCUUCCAGAACCUGAGCCUUACUAUGAUGCAAAAUCUGAAGAGAUAGCUACUUCUAGCAGGUUGUACCCUGAGCUGAAUGAGUUUAUGGGUCUAAAUCUCAGUGCAGAAGCUCAAGAAACUCUUUCCUCUUCAGCUCCUGACCAGACCAGUGGGGCUCUUAGUGUCUGCACACAUGGAAUGAGCUGGGCGGCAGCCCCCAUAACCGGAAGUGACCUGGGGGUGAAGCGGGCAGAGAUUCGACAGGGUGUACGGGAGGUGGUGCUGUGCAAAGACAUGGAUGGGAAGAUUGGCCUCCGCCUCAAAGUCAUAGAUAAUGGCGUGUUUGUGCAAUUAGUGCAGGCCAACACUCCUGCAGCACUGGCAGGGCUGCGCUUUGGUGAUCAGAUUCUGCAGAUCAAUGGCAAAUCAUGUGCCGGCUGGAGUAGUGAUAAUGCACAUAAGGAGCUUAAGAAUGCCAACCCAGAGAAGAUCACUUUGGCUGUGCGAGACAGGUACACACACAUGAGGAAACAGAGAUGUCACGUCGGUGACCGACGAAUUGGGGAAUCUCGCAAGAGAGACCAAUCCACUUCGAGUGGCGUGUUUGUGCAAUUAGUGCAGGCCAACACUCCUGCAGCACUGGCAGGGCUGCGCUUUGGUGAUCAGAUUCUGCAGAUCAAUGGCAAAUCAUGUGCCGGCUGGAGUAGUGAUAAUGCACAUAAGGAGCUUAAGAAUGCCAACCCAGAGAAGAUCACUUUGGCUGUGCGAGACAGGCCAUUGGAGCGAACUGUUACUCUUCACAAGGACAUGAACGGGCAGCUCGGCUUUCUUUUUAAAAAGGGUCGAAUCACCUCAAUAGUAAAAGACAGCUCAGCAGCACGUAACGGCCUCCUUACUGAUCAUCAGAUCUGUGAGAUCAAUGGUCAGAAUAUAAUCGGACUGAAGGAUUCCCAAAUCACAGACAUUCUUAAUUCCAGCGGAGGAGUUGUCACGGUAACUGUGAUGCCAGUGGUCAUCUUUGAACACAUGAUGAAAAGGAUGUCCAGCAGUAUUGUAAAGUCACUAAUGGAUCAUUCUAUUCCUGAGGUGUGAGAUCGUUUGGAUCAAACUGUACAGCUGAGGAUGAUUUGGCCACAGCUUUUGGAGGACUCACAUUUUGUUUGGAGCACAAGUUUAGUUGUGUGUCCACAAUCAUGUGAUUUUAAGUAUGUUUAUGUACGUUUAAGAGGUUAUUGUCGGGCAAAGAAAGACAAAGCAAGGAUAACACGAGAGAUAUUUGUUUCAGUUUUUCCUUUAAAUGAAUAGCGUACCCAAAAAUGAC